ACGCGUACCGGACAUCAUCAUUGCGCGGGUCUGUCAAAAAAUAUCUGCCCCAUAAAGUUUCCAGGUAACGCUUUAACUACAGUUUGUAAUAAUUAUAUAGCAUUUAUUUAGUGGUCGGAUAAAAUUUGUGACUGGAGAAAACCGCUACGUAAGCAUGCCGCAUUCCUGCGGUUAACGGAAACUCAAGCUUUGCGUGACAGUCCGUAAAUUGGAUUAGCGCUGAGUAAAGCCACCAGUGAAUGAUACUGUAGCAAACCUGCUAACGUUAGUUAGCUAAACGGACAGUUGGGCGUGAAGCCUGGAAAAUAUAACGUUUGGUAUGGACUUCUGAUUUUGACAAACUGGUGGGAUUCACAGCUAUGCGUUAAUCAAUGUUAGUAGUCUUGUCAAGUCAAGCUAUUUGUGGUGAUGUUAUAGACAAUUCUGCGUGUGUCCUUCACAGUUUUAGGUGUGCUUAACGUUACAUACAUUACUAGGUGAACGUCUUAAGAAGCUGUCAGUUCGUGUAGAAGUUAGUAGGUUAACACCAUGGAUAGUUACAGUCAACGGUUUGAAUCCACUACCGGACGAGACAGUAAAUCUCAAAAGAAGAAAGGUUUUUCUUCCCACCACGGCUCGUCAAGCUACGAUGAAGGAGACCGCAAACCAAAGUUUCACUUACCCUUUAGAAACAUCACAGAUGAUGUGCUGGACAGAUUUGCCAGUAUUCGGAUUCCGGGUAGCAAAAAGGAACGGCCUCCCUUAUCACAUUCUAAACACAAUACUAGUGAUUGGUCCAUUUCUUCAUCAUCAACCUCCCAUCAAUUUGAGGAGCUUUCAUCAAAGAUCACCUCGGAAAAAGAGAUCUUGGCCCUGUUUGAAAAGAUGAUGGAGGACAUGAACUUGAAUGAGGAAAAAAAGACUCCUUUGAGAGAGAAGGAUCUCAACACAAAGAGAGAAAUGGUCAUCCAGUAUGUUUUUACUGCUUCUAAAACUGGUAGCUUGAGAAGCAACCAUCAGAUAUCUCCCCAGGAAUUCCUGGGAGAGCUGAAGUCAGGGGUGAUGGACGAACGUCUGUUUGCCUGUCUCGACUCAUUGAGAGUUUCUCUUACCAGCAACCCUGUCAGUUGGGUGCAGAGCUUCGGGCAUGAGGGUCUUGGACUGCUUCUGGACAUACUGGAGAGGUUGCUGUUCAAGAAACAGCAGGAGAAGCUCGACAAAAAGAACCAACAUAAAGUUGUCCAGUGUCUCAAAGCCUUCAUGAACAAUAAGUAUGGCUUGGAUCGAAUCCUGGGGGAGGAGAAAAGUCUUGCAUUACUGGCAAGAGCAAUUGAUCCCACCCAGUCUGCCAUGAUGACUGACGUGGUGAAGCUGCUGUCAGCCAUCUGCAUUGUGGGCGAAGAGAACACUUUAGAGAAGGUCCUUGAAGCUAUCACCACAGCAGGGGAAUGGCGAGCUGUCGAGAGGUUCAGUCCCAUUGUGCAGGGACUCCGAGAUCGCUCGGUUCAAUUACACGUGGCAUGCAUGCAGCUCAUCAAUGCACUUGUAACAUCUCCUGAUGAGCUGGACUUCAGGCUGCAUAUCAGAAAUGAAUUUAUGCGCUGUGGUCUGAAAGAGAUAUUGCCGCAACUGACAACCGUCAGGAAUGAGGCCCUUGACAUUCAGCUGAAGGUAUUCGAGGAGCACAAAGAAGAGGACAUGAUAGAGUUCUCUCAUAGACUGGAGGACAUCAAGAGCGAGCUGGAUGAUGCGGGGGAUGUGUUCAGUAUUGUGCAGAGCAUGGUGAAGGACAGCAGUGCAGAGCCCUAUUUCCUCUCCAUACUGCAGCACCUGAUGCUUAUACGCAAUGACUACUUGGUCAGGCCUCAGUACUUUAAGAUCAUUGAGGAGUGCGUGUCUCAAAUUGUGCUCCACCGCAGUGGUACUGACCCAGACUUCAGUUACCGCAAGCGUCUAGAUGUGGAUUUCAGCCACCUCCUAGAGGUGUGUGUAGACAAAGCUCGAUCUGAUGAGUAUGAACAAAGAGCUUCAGAACUGGCACAGAAGUUUGACGAGGAGUUUUUAAGCAGACAGGAGGCACAAGCUCAGCUGGUUAAGUGUGAAGAAAAAAUAACUGAACUCCAAGCAGAGCUGCAGGCCUUCAGGACCCAGUUUGGAGCUGUACCUGUGAGUCUGUCUUCUGCCCAUGUUGGACAGGCGUCACCUUCCUCUGCAUUCCCCUCUGGGCCUCCACCCCCUGCCCCUGCAUCUGGGGUGCCGCCUCCUCCUCCUCCACCUCCUCCACCUCCUUUACCUGGUUGUCCUGCCCCACCUCCUCCACCUGGAGUGCCUCCUCCAUUUGGUGCCCCUCCUCCACCCCCGUUAGGGUUUGGUGGUGGUCUAGGCUCUCCCACUCACCGUGCGCUGCCUUAUGGCCUCAGGCCUAAGAAGGAUUUCAAGCCUGAGAACUCCAUGAAGCGCCUCAACUGGUCCAAGAUUCGUCCCCAGGAAAUGUCAGAGAGCUGUUUCUGGGUACGGGCUGAUGAGGACCAAUAUGCAAAACCUGAAUUGCUCAGCAGAGUUGCUCUCACUUUUGGGUCACAAAGAGCAGAAACCAAAGCCAAAAAAGAAGAGGAGGACCUGGAGGAUAAGAAAUCCAUAAAGAAGAGAAUUAAAGAGCUCAAGGUGCUCGAUCCCAAGAUUGCACAGAAUCUAUCCAUCUUCCUCGGUUCCUUCCGUAUGCCUUAUCAGGAAAUCCGUCGGAUGAUACUGGAGGUGGAUGAAGAGCAGCUCAGUGAACCUAUGAUCCAGAACCUUGUGAAGCACCUACCAGAGCAGGAGCAGCUGAAUGCUUUGACCAAGUAUAAAAAUGAGUACGCGAACUUGUCAGAGCCUGAACAGUUUGGGGUUGUGAUGAGCAGUGUGAAGCGGCUCCACCCGCGCCUCAGCCACAUCCUCUUCCGACUGCAGUUUGAGGAGCAGGUAACCAACCUGCGACCAGAUAUCCUGGCUGUAAAUGCUGCCUGUGAUGAGGUCAGGAAGAGCCGCUCCUUUGGCCGCUUGCUGGAGCUGGUGCUGCUGCUGGGGAAUUACAUGAAUGCAGGCUCCCGAAACGCCCAGUCAUACGGCUUCGACCUCAGUUCCCUCUGCAAGCUAAAGGAUACUAAGUCAGCUGAUCAGAAGACCACAUUACUCCACUUCCUCGCACAAAUAUGUGAGGAGGACUUUCCAGAUGUGAUCAAGUUUGCUGAAGACCUUGAGCAUGUGGACCGAGCAAGCAGAGUGUCUGCAGAGAAUCUGGAAAAGAGCCUCAGGCAGAUGGAGAGGCAGCUGUUGCAGCUGGAGAGAGACCUGGAGACUUUCUCUUCCCCUGAUGACCCCAACGACAUGUUCUUCACUAAAAUGGCUAGCUUCAGCAAGGUUGCACGGGAGCAGUAUGGCAAGCUGGUGAUCAUGCACAGCAACAUGGAGACACUUUAUCAGAACGUGUUGGAAUACUUUGCUAUCGAUCCCAAGAAGACCUCUGUGGAGGAGCUGUUCACUGAUCUAAGCAACUUCCGUUCCAUGUUCACUCAAGCACUCAAGGAGAACCUGAGGCGGAGGGAGUCAGAGGAGAAACAGAGGAGAGCACGGGCAGCAAAGGAGAAGGCUGAGCGUGAAAAGCAGGAGAGACAGCAGAAGAAGAGGAGGUUGCUGGAAGUCAAUGCAGAGAACGAUGAGACAGGUGUGAUGGAUAGUUUGCUGGAAGCCCUACAGUCAGGUGCUGCAUUCAGAGACCGCAGGAAGAGAGCGCCAAGACCCAGGGAUAACCAGCAGCAGACGAUCAGCCCCAGCUCCUACCGCCAGGUUCUCAGGCCUGUUAACCAUGAAAACAACAGGGCACCUUUACAAAGGUCUCGCUCUCGGCAGAAUAUAAAUGUGGGUUCAGCGGUGGUGAAAGCUCCCCCUGCCAAAGAGGCCCAUAACGAGAGUGAAGGCUAUCCAUCUGCAACAGCUCGGGCCAAGGCUUCUGCAUGUUUGGAGUCCGGUCGCAGGUACAGGAACACCCCAGGUCACAGCUACGGGCAGGACAGAGAGAGGGUGGUGGAGAGAGAGACGGUUAAACCGACAGCGAAAGAAAUAGGGUUUGAAGCAGAGCCUCCGGCCUUCCAGCCACCCUCCGCAGGUGCUACAGUCAGCAGCUGCAGCACCAAUGGGGAGUCUGAUGUAGAGGCUCUCCUGGCCAAACUCAGGGCCUUGUAAGAAUCAUGUCUUAUCUCUGCAAUAAUAUUAAGCAUAUGAUUGUAUCCACACAUGUAAACAUGCUCUGAAAGACUUUCCUUAGCAUUUUUUUAACUUGGAGAUGAGCGGUAAAUUUAGUUAAGAGGAGUUAUAAAAGGUUUAAAUUAAAAUUAAAUUUAUAUUCACUUAAACUAAAGAAACGGACUUUUAUAAAGCUCCAUAAAUAAAUAUAUUUGUAUAAUUGUACUAAUGAUUUUGAGGACCAUGUUUUAAACACUUGAUGGUAUAAAGAAGAAAAACUUUCCUAAAAAAAAAUUCUGGCAGGUAGCGCAAAGAUAGUCACACUUUGGCUCAGAGGUACCUUCAUGAAAUUAAUACUGAAAAGAUUCAAGGGAAAUACUUCAGCAUUGUACGGUAUAAUUAGAGCUGCUAUAUAGAUUCAGCAGAGUCUCUACUUGUUCUCGCAACAUGCAUUGUCAAAAAAAACAUUUGGCAAUCAUUCAUAUAUCCCUAACGCUGAGAAUGUAACAGCUUUUCCUCUGAAAUCAAAGAUGCAAUAUUGCUAAGCACUUUCUUUGUAAUCCAGAAGUACGCAAUGUUUAAAAAUUCUGUCACAUUUCUGUUCAAAUUUGCAUUUCCUAUAACUGCUUCUAGUUUUGAAAGCAUUUAUUUUACAAUUUUAUCUUUGUUAUUUUUCUGGACCUAUAUUCCGUAGUUUUUGGAUUAAACAUUCACUUCAUAUAGUUAAGUAGUUGUGUACAAUUAAAAGUCCAUAUCUGCAUUUAUUACUUUUAGUAUUUAAUUUUUUCGUGUCUGUUUUCUUCUUUCAGUCUUUUUCAUUCCUUGUGGGGUGAUGAAGUGUCUUUUAUAUUCAAAGCAUUGAGUCAUCAUUUGUAUUUUCUAUAAAAGUAUUCUAUGUGUACCUUAAAACAUAUAUAUAUAACGAAAGAUCAGUAAAUAUGCUGUAAGAUUGUACUUUCAAGGGUAAUAAGAAAUAAUAAUUAGAUGCAAUAUGACAAGUUGAUUUUGGUUUUACUGGAUUGCAUUGGCAGUGAGAAAAUGUAUACAAAAUGAGAACAGGGUCUCACAGUAUUGUCCAAAAUCUGGCACAAAGAAUCAAGUUCAGCCAGUUACAAGAUAACCAUAAUUGAUGCUGUUUUUGUUCUCUUACAUUGAAAAUGCUGAAAUCACUCAUAUCUUUUGCAUACUUUUAUCUUUACUUGUAUUGCUCAUUUUUAUAUACACAUUUACAAUAAAAUAAGGAAAAAUG